CAUGAGGAAAUACAGCUGGAACAGUUUCAAGGAUUUAGUUUUCAAAAAUCAAGCUGUUGUUGAACAGGACCCACAUAUGGAUGCUGGGGAUGAAAACACUGAGCGUGGGAACUGGUCCAGCAAGAGGGAUUACAUCCUCUCUAUGAUUGGCUAUGCUGUUGGACUGGGAAAUAUCUGGAGAUUCCCAUAUUUGGCCUAUAGAAAUGGCGGAGGUGCCUUUCUUAUCCCUUACUUUUUGAUGUUGGUGGUGACUGGAAUUCCUCUUUUCUUCAUGGAAAGCGCCUUCGGUCAGUUUUGCAGCCAAGGUCCGAUUAACAUAUGGAGAGCCGUACCAAUCCUACAGGGUGUUGGCAUCGGCAUGGUUAUGGUGACUCUCAUAGUAUCCAUCUAUUACAACGUCAUCAUCUGCUACAGCCUGUACUACAUGUUUGCCUCCUUCCAGUUUCCUCUGCCCUGGUCCAGCUGCUCCACCUGGUCUACCAGUAACUGCAGCGAUUCACCCAUAGUGUAUUGUAAUAUUAGUGGUGUUUUGGUGGCCAACUGGACUCAGCAGGAAAACAGCACAUGUCCUUCAUCCAGUAUGGUCACAGAUCCAGUGCAAAGCCCGAGUGAGCAGUACUGGGACCGUGUGGCUCUGCAGAGAUCCAGUGGUCUAGAUGAAACAGGACCAGUAGUUUGGCACUUGGCCCUCUGUCUGCUGCUGAGCUCUUUAAUCGUCUGUGCAUCACUCAUUCGAGGCAUCAAGUCCUCAGGCAAAGUGGUGUAUUUCACAGCUACAUUUCCCUAUGUGGUGAUUCUGAUUCUGCUGGUCCGAGGUGCGACACUAGAGGGAGCUAGAGAUGGGAUAGAGUUCUACAUUGGUUCUCAAUCCAAUUUGACUAAACUGACAGAAGCCCAGGUCUGGAAAGAUGCAGCAACUCAGACCUUCUACUCUCUCUCGAUUGGCUGGGGAGGAGUCAUGACUCUCGCUUCCUACAACAACUUCCACAACAACGUGUUCAAAGACGCUUUUGUUGUAACACUAACAAAUGCUGGUACCAGUGUUGUGGCAGGCUUUGCCAUAUUUUCAAUCUUGGGCCAUAUGGCUCACAUCUACAAAAUGCCUGUUGGAGAAGUGGUGAAAGAAGGAUUUGGCCUGGCAUUCAUUGCAUAUCCAGAUGCUCUAUCUAAGCUUCCUAUUUCCCCUCUCUGGUCUGUUUUGUUCUUCUUCAUGCUUUUGACUGUUGGUCUGGACUCUCAGUUUGCAGGGAUAGAGGUGAUCACUACAUGCCUGCUUGAUGGCUUCCCUAAAAUCUUCAAAUCCAGACGUGCUUUAUUGACAAUAACGACAUGUUCUGUUCUCUACCUGCUGGGUCUGCCCUGUGUCACAAGAGCAGGGAUAUAUUGGGUGACUCUUAUCGACCAGUUUGUCGCCAGCUGGGUGCUGCUUUUUUUGGCCCUCUUUGAAGUCAUUGGCAUUGCCUACAUUUACGGAGGAAAUCGUUUUAUUAAAGACAUUGAGAUGAUGAUUGGAAAUAAGAGUUUCGCCUUCUGGCUGUGGUGGAGAGCAUGCUGGUUCUUCAUCAGCCCCUGCAUCAUUGUGGUGAUCCUGGUCUGGUCUGUGAUUACACUCAAACCCCCCACCUAUGGAGAUGUGCUGUACCCUGCAUGGGGCUUGGCUCUGGGCUGGUGCAUGGCUGUGUUUGUCCUCCUUUGGAUCCCCAUCAUUGCUGUGUAUAAGCUGGUGAAAGCAGAGGGAGGCCCCUGGAAGCGUCUGAAGUCGAUGUGUUCGCCUGCUGAAGAAUGGCAUCCCUACCUGGACAACCAUCGAGGAGAACGUUACUCUGAAGAACGCUGCAGAAACAGGGAAAAAAAAGAAAAAGCACCAGAAGUGAAUGUUAAUGUGAUCUCUAGCUCAUGGCUUUGA